AUGCGACUAAAGAGUACAUGCCUCAACUUUGCAGACCGCUUUAUCGAAAAAGACACACUAAAUCUGACACUGGAUCUCAUUCUCCUAAAGGGAGUCUUGAGGCAUCUCCUAUACAACCGGGGAACAGCUCCGAGGUGUAUUGAUCGAGAAGGAAACGCUGUUUUGCCAGAUACCGCAUUGGAGAGAAGACGAGGAGAAGCUCGAAGACGGCGGACGAUAGCCAAAGUCGGCAUGUUUCUCGUCAUGCUGGAUAGUGUUACCCGAUGGUCAUUUCUUCAGGAGACGCCUCUUGACGCCUCUGAAGUUGAUCGGCUGUUGACAUGGAAGACUCUUCAAGGCUUUCUUGCCACUCUAGCUUCGUGCUUGACCGAGAUUGUCCUCUUUCAUCUGGCCACCGUUAUGGCUUGCCUUGUCGCUAUUCGCUUGCUUAUGAGACCAGGAAAGAAUGGAAAUCGAUCGGGCGUGCUUGAAGAAUUCCGUGUCUCCCACGUAUCCCUGGCGUUGAUCUACGCAUCAUUGACAAAGCUAUUUCUUCUCUCCCUCCUCGUCAUCUGGAGACCUGCUCGACCUGAGCAGUCUUCCCCAGCAAUGGUAAACGGGGAUCUGUAUCAUCAAAUCCUUCACGUGUUCGACGACGAUAGACUCAAUCGGGAGUGGCUACUUCGAAACCUCAUGGGAGGAAUGGCAUCUGGAUUCGCAAUACGGGUCAUACUCGAUGAUAAUCCGGCAGCAGCGGCCUUUGUCGUGCUCUCUGCGUGGAUGCUCAAAGCAUUCGCCGCAUUUCUUCUCAGUGAAUAUGUCUAUCCACUGGGGACAGAUAGGGACUGGCUCAUUUUCUCCAUGCCAUAA